ACCUGAUUGGACGUUUGCGGCUGCGUGCGUCCGCAUGGCAACGCGACCUGUGCGCGCGCCACAAAUAAGGUAGGAGGAGGAGAGCUCUGCUGGCAAGUCGGGAUUUAUUGACGACACCUUUUUUGGACGAGCUGACAGGGGCCUGUACCCUGCUACUUGGGAGCAGGUCACCAUGACAGCAGAGGAGAAAAUCAACAUCAAGGAGGCAGAAGUGGUCAAGCUGGUCCUCGACUUCCUCAGCUCCAGGAAGCUGCAUAUCAGUAUGUUGGCCUUGGAAAAGGAGAGCGGCAUCAUCAACGGUCUCUACUCCGACGACAUGCUCUUCCUCAGGCAACUCAUAUUGGAUGGUCAGUGGGAGGAGGUAAUGCAGUUCAUUCAGCCCUUAGAAGGCUUGGACAAGUUUAACAAGAAAAGGUUUCGAUAUAUCAUCCUGAAGCAGAAAUUUCUCGAGGCUCUUUGUGUAAAUAAUGCCAUGUCUGCAGCUGAAGACACCCAAAAUCUGGAAUUUACCAUGCAAGAGGCCGUCAAGUGCCUGCACAAAUUGGAGGAGUUCUGCCCGUCUAAGGAGGACUACAGCAAACUGUGUCUUCUUCUCACCCUGCCUCGCCUCACCCACCACGCUGAGUUCAAGGACUGGAACCCGAGUACAGCGCGCGUGCACUGCUUCGAGGAGGCCUGCGUGAUGGUCACCGAGUUCAUUCCGGCCGACAGGAAGCUGAGCGAGGCGGGCUUCCGAGCGAGUGGGAAUCGCCUCUUUCAGCUGCUCAUCAAAGGGAUCCUUUAUGAGUGCUGCGUUGAAUUCUGUCAGAGCAAAGCAACUGGAGAGGCGAUAACAGAGAGCGAGGUUUUGCUCGGCGUAGAUUUGCUCUGCGGAAACGGUUGCGAUGAGCUGGAUCUGUCGUUGCUGUCCUGGCUGCAGAACCUUUCUCCUGGCGCAUUUUCAUGUGCCUUCCAACAAAAGACCCUCAGUAUACAUGUCGACCGUCUGCUGAAACCCAGCAAGGCUGGGCACGCUGACCUCCUCAUGCCUCUGAUCAAUCCCCUCUCCCCCCGCCCGGCCUCACCUUUCCGCCAGAGGCCUCACUCGGCCGACACGUACAUGUCCAGAUCUCUGAAUCCGGCUCUGGAUGGACUAUCCCAUGGCCUGGCUGUCCAGGACAAGAGAGGCGUGGAGGACAACAUGAAAUCAGCUCUCAGUCGAAGCCUGGUGGAGAAUAAUUUUCAUCAACUGGAUGAUUCCCCUGAGAAAAAGAACCCACGGGGUUUCGACCGUCCCAAGACCACACGCAAACCGCUGACUCCCGGGAGAGAUGGCGGGACAGCAUGCACAGAAACAGUUGAGCGGCCUGACUCCACAGACCAAAUGCAGGAGUACUACAGGCAGCGUCUGCGUGUGCAGCAGCAUCUGGAGCAGAAGCAGCAGCAGAGGCAGCUUUACCAGCAGAUGCUGCUCGAAGGGGGGGUGAAACCACUCGAUGGAGCCCAAAACAACCUCACAGAGACCUUCCUCACUCGAUCCAUUCAGAAGCUGGAGGAAAUGAACGUUGGCAUUGAUCACCACGGAGAUGAGGCGACACAUCUGGGCCGGCAGUAUAAUGGUGUGACAGAUGACAACAGCACAUCCAACACCCAGGACCCGGGGAUGGUGCAAAGGGCGAAGGCUGGUGGUGUAAGCGGCAACCCCUCAUUAGGGCCCGGGAGCCAUUGCUUGCAACACGUCAGUGAGCCCCCGGAUCCUGCAAGUGCUGAGAGGAUUGGAGGCCCAGCGCAAAAUGAUUCAAGUGGCCCUGUGACACGUUACCCAACGCAACAGCCUGGAAAGUCCAAAACCCAAUUUGUGAAAGUCAACCAGCUUGAAGAUACACAGGCACUAAGAUCUGUGGCCUUCCAUCCCUCCGGUUCACUUUAUGCUGUUGGUUCCAACUCUAAAACCCUCAGAGUUUGCGCCUACCCUGACACCCUACCAACCAGUACUCCAGAUGCAGUCAAGCAGCCGGCGGUGCGCUUCAGAAGGAAUAAACACCACAAAGGUUCCAUCUACUGUGUCGCGUGGAGUCACUGUGGACAAUUAUUGGCCACCGGCUCCAAUGACAAGUAUGUCAAAGUUCUCCCUUUCAGUGCUGACAGCUGCAAUGCCACAGGUCCUGACCUGGAGUUCAGCAUGCACGAUGGUACCAUAAGGGACUUGGCCUUCAUGGAGGGUCCUGAGAGCGGAGGGUCCAUUUUGAUAAGUGCUGGAGCUGGAGACUGCAACAUCUACACCACUGACUGCCAGAGAGGGCAGGGCCUCCAUGCCAUGAGUGGACACACUGGCCACAUUCUGACACUAUACACGUGGGGAGGGUGGAUGAUCACGUCUGGGUCCCAGGACAAGACAGUUCGCUUCUGGGACGUGCGGGUUCCAAGUUGUGUGCGAGUAGUGGGUACAACCCUGCACGGCUCAGGAAGUGCGGUAGUGUCGGUGGCAGUGGAUCCCAGCGGGCGCCUGCUCGCCACCGGCCAGGAGGACAGCACCUGUACGCUGUACGACAUCAGAGGAGGCCGCAUAGUCCAGACGUACCGCCCGCACGGCAGUGACAUCCGAUCAGUCCGCUUCUCACCAGGCGCCCAUAACCUUCUCACUGGUUCCUAUGACAACAAAAUCAUAAUCAGUGACCUGCAAGGCGACCUAACAAAACCACUCCCUCAGACGUUGGCAGGAGAACACUGGGACAAGGUGAUCCAGUGUCGAUGGCAUCCCAAAGAUCGAACAUUCCUCUCUUCCUCGGCUGACCGGACCGUUGUCCUCUGGGCUCCCAAACCCUGAGAAAGUCAAGAGACUCUCAACAAAAUCAGUACCGAGCCUGCUAUGGAACAUCAAUAUAUCCGAGUUUUGAAUCAAAAACUAUUGCAAAUGUUCAUCGUGUUAUGCCAGUGCAUUAAGUCAUCGGCACUAUUGGUUCACACGAGCGAUGUCUUCGGGGGGUAUUUUCGGGACCGGUGCACAUCUACAUGGGGACAGGUUUGACCUAUGUAAUUUGGGUAAUUUUGCAGACGAGCACAAACAAAAUGGCCCCUCUCAUUCCCUAUAAAUGGGUCGCAAUGGACAACUCUGUAAUAGUCAUGAUGUGGUCAAUGAAAUUUUACAAGUUUCUGCAAUAAUUUCAGGGGUCUCAAACUGGCAAUCCGGGGGCUAUUUGCGGCCCGCAAGACUAUCAUUUGUGGCCCCCACCUUAAUAUGAAGUUUAAUGUUAGUGCAGCCCUUGAUUUAUUUAUUUAUUUUAAUAAAUGGCAGUUUCAGUGUUUUGUGGGGAGUUAACGAGCCUACCAAUCACAGUGGGGUAUAUGGCACUCGGGGGCGUGACAUUGAAACAAGCAGAAAAACAUUUUUCAUUUAAUGAAAUUUACUGCAGAGUUGCCAUGGAGUUUUAUUAGUAGUUUUGUAUACAACUCAUUUACACUAGCGUUCUUUUUUAUCUAAUUUUGUGUCCCAAAAAAAAAGAAAUAUGUUUGAGAAGAUUGGAUUUUUAAAUUGUAUUUCUAAUUUAAAUUGCGCAUACCUGCAUGUGCCUCUGGGGCCCAGGCUGAGGCAGAUUCUGCCUCCAGCGGCACCAACGUAAAUUGAGUUUGAGACCCCUGACUUAGAGGGUUUGUCGUCCACUAUUCACAUAUUUAUGAAUGGAAUACUUGUGACACCCACCACACGUGUGCGGAGCUCAGAAUCUGCCUGCAUGUGACCCCAAACCAAAAUCACGUUAGACCACCUGCUCCAACAUUGAAAAAAAGAGGUAUUCUCAACACGCACAAGUUUAGAUUAGCUUUCUGACACCAAACUGCCAAUCCAUCGUGCCCAUGUCAAAGGACAACCCCUUGCUGUGCCUGAAGGCUCAUUUUUGACGUAGACUCGUCUCUGCCAGAUUGGCAAAGGCACAGCGAGCAAAUCAAGAUACGGCAUAUGCAUUCUGCUGCAGAUGCACCGUCGAUAAAAAUAGCGCCCUUUAUGGACAGAUACAUGACAGGUGUAGAAAACUGGAUUCAUAAUACUUUAUGCUUGUCAAAUCACGCAGUCAUCCACGUCUAAAAAUAGUUUUUAUGGUGGAGAAAAGAUGAGAAGGUGGUAAAUAGAUCAUCUAAUGACACCUUCAUGAUAUAUGUUGACAGUACACAGGUUUGAAAUACGUAGAGAAUACAGGUCAGAGUUACUGUAUGUACAACACUUGCACAAAUGAAAACAAUCAGACCCUUAAUAUUUUAAUCAGCACUUUAAAUCUAGAGGCUAUAUUUGAGGAUGCCUUGGUGACCCCAAAAUGGUAAAUGUAGGCCAAAAAUUAUUGGUUGAAAAAAUAAUAAGAAUAAAAAUACUGCAAAACUGUUUAAAUUAUUAUAAUUUUUUUUUUUAAACACAAAGACUUUGUCCAUUCUUCAUUGGCCUAUUGCCAAAAUACAAAGGGGUUUAUAAUAAUACACUUGAAAGCUAUGGAGAGGAAUUUAUUACAUGAUGUGCCUUUUUGAAACAGUAGAACAUAUUUUGGGAUUGUUGUAGUAAUUUCAUUUAUGCAGGUUUAUCUAUUUUUACCAUAUAUUGUGCGGACCUGGACAAGUGUACAUUUUUGUCGUAUCACUCACUGCACAUUUUAUGUCUGUGUUCGUAAUUAAAAUAUAAACGGAAUUAAUAGUAAGUAAUAUUGUACAACAUGAACAGAAGCUAUCAUAAUUUACCUUUAACACAUCACAUGGUUGUUUAAUGUGCACAAAGGAGGUUUGAACUUUCUGACACUUUUCCCACUGCAAGUUUACAAAAAAAAUAGCACAACAACUUACCUUUUUCCCCCCCGAAAGUGAAGUUACAGUAUGUUGAAUGAAGAAAUAUUGUGACGAGAGUUUAAUCCACUAUUAACCACUCUGGACCUUUCAAAGUAAAAAUGUGACGUAAGAUCAUAAUAAUCAAACAAGUGUCCGAAAAAGAUAUUCUCUGACAACUAAAUCUAUCUAUCCACAUCUAUUUCUGACCACUUAUCGUGGUACAUGAGCAAAAGAUGGCGUCACUUUUUACUUGUGCACUUUAAAUGCAGAGGUGGUGCACAUAAGAGUACAACAACGUUGUUCAACUUCCUACUAUGCAGAAAGAUUUCGGUGUGACUGAGAGAAGCUGAAUCAAAAUGUUUGCCAAAUGUACUAAACUGACUUACUUGGCUUGCUCAACGCCUCAGUUCAAUAUUCCAACCUCACUCGACCUUACACCAUAAUUGUUUUUGUACUGUAGAUGUGUAAUUGUUGUAUUUUUGAUCACCUUGUGUUGUCGUACCCAGCGAUUAUUUCACGUCUCAUCAUCUGUGAGUCACAGUGGGAUAUGUUAUUGUUCUGACUUACCUGCCAAAGGGCCAUAGAUGGAAAUAAAACAUGCCAAAUGCGCAUUAAAACAA